AUGGAGUUGAAGCGCGACGAAGGUGUCGAAGUGGUCAAGCAGCACGCUUCUCCCCACCACCUCGGCUUUCCACUACGAAUCUUCCUGCGGUGCCGGGACUUUUGGACGGGGGUGACGGUGAUUCCGACGUUUGUGCUCGUGCUCUUCGUGCUGAUGACCUUCGGCCUACUCGAACCAUCUCCUACCUGUUCGCCCAAAGCCGUGACCCCCAACACGACCGAGUACCAUUCGGGCCACCGAUACUACUCAGCACUCAAGGAAAUGGACCCCCUUCCAGCCCCGACCUUCCGUGGUGAGCACACUCAAUUGUGCGAAGAAGAUCUCCGCAAACAGGUGAAGUACAGCUACUGCCUGCCGAUGUCGGGGCGGAAGGACACGCCGUUCUGCACUGCUGGAGACCGCACGGACCUGCUAAGCGUCCACUCCCCCGACUCGGUGUGCUACGCCAGCGUGUUGCACAUGUUGCUGGUCGAAGUUUACGAGGAACUCGAGGCAACAGGGAACUCCCCACUGAUCGUGUUCGGGUCGCUACUUGGCGCCGUCCGCAACGGAUCGAUGAUCCCGUUCACCGAAGACACCGACAUUGGGUUCGUUGGGAGGCUCAAGGCGAAGGAGCAGCUACAGGACGCGCUGUGGCGAAAGGGCUAUCACAUGUUCUUCAUGAACAUUUGGCGAGUCUGCGUGGCGCCAACGCACCCGCUCGCUCCCAAGCUGUACGAUCCGAGUUUGCCACUUACAAGGAACUUUGCCGUGCCCUACGUGGACCUGUACCAGAUGAAGAGACUCAACAAUGGCAACUGGGACAUCGAGGAGCUUCAGGCCAGCAACGGCCGACUAAUGCCGUACGACAAGGUGGAGCCCUUCUCGCAGGUGACCAUCAAUGGCAUGCCGUUCGACACGGUGCGAGACCCGCAUUUCUUCCUGAGGGAGGCCUAUGGCCCCAAUUACAUGACGCCGAGGCCGCGAAGAACCCCUGCUCCGGUGAGACCGAAGGCCACGGAUUCGGUAAUGAACGCUACCAAGACCACGAAAUGA